AUGGACACUUUACUUACUGCCGAGAUCGCGGCCAACGCGCCCCGGUACCGCCGCAAGAGCUCCACGUUCAUCGACGGUAUCCACGACAUUCCCGAGGACCAGGAUAUGGCCCCGGCCCAGCUCUACAGUACCAUGUCUGGUCGAUUGUUCCACUCGGGACGGAUUGCCAUCGUCAUGGUCGGGCCACCAGCACGCGGCAAGACUCACAUUUGCGUGUCGCUCGCCAGGUACCUGCAAUGGCUCGGCGUCAAGACGCGAAUCUUUCAUCUGGGCGACUACCGCCGCGCCACCAUCGGUCCGGAAGGCUCAGUGCCUGACGACUACUUCUUUCCGAAUGCCUCGCCUUCUUCCGUCAUCCUGCGGCAGAAGAUCUUGAAGAAGUGUCGCGAAGACAUUUAUGCCUGGCUGAAUCACGAGAAUGGCCAAGUCGCUAUCUACGAUGCCGUGAACCCGACCGCGAGCGGUAGACGCUCCCUCGCCAAGGAGCUGGCAAAGCACGAUGUCCAGACUCUUUUCAUCGAGUCGUACGUGGACGAUGAACGUAUUCUUGUCGAGAAUGCGAGAAAUGUCAAGAUUUCAUCUCCAGACUUUGCCGGAAUGGAUCCCGACGAGGCCGCUCAGCUGUACCUCAAGCGCAUAGAGAUGCGCAUCCCGAUGUUUGAGUCGAUGAACGAACCUGAACUCAACUACAUCAAGAUGAUCAAUGCUGGCGCCAAAUUCUUUUACAAUAACGUCAGCUUCAACUACCUGUCUCAUCGCAUCGUCUUUUACCUCACCAACCUGCACAUCAAGUCACGUACCACGUUCUUCGUUCGCGCAGGCACCACCGAGGAGGAGGACUCUUACAAGGCUGAUGCGCCGCUUUCGGAACUGGGACGCCUCUACUCUCAGAAGAUGUCCGAGACGCUCCUGAGGCAUCGCGAGCAGGAGGAAGCUGAGCGAGUCGAGAAGGGCGGCGCCCCGACGCCGCUACGGCAACUUUCCGUCUGGACGUCGACGCGGAUGAGAACCGUCCAAACAUCGGACUAUUUGAAGGACAAAGGGUUCAAGGUCCGUCAACGGUCGCAGAUGAGCCAGAUAAACCCUGGCAUCUGCGAAAAGAUGUCGGAGCGUGUCAUUCGGCAAUUAUAUCCAGAAGAGGUGGAGAAACAUGAGAUGGAUCCCUACCACCACAGAUAUCCCCGCGCAGAGUCUUACCAUGAUCUUGCUGUGCGCCUCGAGCCCAUCAUCCUCGAGCUCGAGCGCGAGCAGAACGACCUCCUUAUCAUCGCCCACGAGUCAGUGCUACGCGUCCUGUAUGCUUACUUGAUGCAUUGUUCCACCAUGGAAAUUCCUACUCUCAAAUUCCCGCGCGACGAAAUCAUUGAAAUCAUCCCCGCGGCAUAUCAGAAUGAGGCGAAGCGCAUCCACAUCCCGGGGCUUGACCCGAGCAUGGUGCCCGAUAUUCCCGAUGACGAGAAGAGCCCGGUGCCUGGUGGCAGCCUCCCGGCGAGCGGGCUCAUUAGCGGGCAUGGAAGCGUGCCCGGCAGCGGCCAGAUGAGUCCCAUCGCUGGCGGGAUGAGCAGCCCUGCGGUCGCUCUGGAGAGGCCUCCGGAGAAGGUGAUCAACACGGCCAAAGACAUGGUGGCGGACAAGGUGGAUGACGAAGAUUAA